CAAACCGCAGCCUUUCGCGCGCGCUCUCACAGUCGUGCUUUUGCAAGCUCCUUUUCGAGCUUUCCUGGCUGACUGAAAGCCUUCAGUAGAGAGGAACUGUGGCAUGAAAACAAUCUGAAAAGCAUCAGCAGAUCAUAUUUGAGCUACUAACUCGAUACUGUGAGCUCCAGCUGAGGCACCUGUCGGAAGAUACGUACCUGCUAGGUAGCCUGUUUAUACCCGACCUUCGAUUAUUCGUUCCAAUUUGACUGUCCUUCAUCAUGUUUGGCAUCUUGGAUUUUUCAGAGUCGAACGACAAAAGCCAGCUUAAACAGCUUACAAAACCAGCUCGGCCCCGAAUACCACUACAACAACCGCCCAAUAAUGCCUUCGCAACAGCAUCUGCUACGGUACCUACCCGUGCUCAAAUCGGCUGGCCGGAUAGCAGCGACACUUAUGACACCUUGCCAACGAACCGGAAAACAAUAGCACAAAAGGCUCACGAACAGGGCUUCGAGUCUCGGAGACUGCCCAUCCUCAAACGACUUGAUGGACCCCGGACCGAGCGCCAGCCUGAAGACCAACAGCCGCAAGCGCAUCCUCGACGCCAAUUCCUCACAGAGCCCCAAUCCGCCAACGCUGCCGGUAGUCGUUCAGUAGACGACUUUGAAAAUCAUGAGCGAGAACACAGACAACCAACCUACUACCAUCGUCAUAAGCGGCCGCGAGCGAAUGUUGGUGUACCCAGAUAUCAUUCGCCUCCACACUUGCGUCGGAACCAGACCGACCGAUCUCGCGGUCACAGCAGUCGCGACAAAAAAUAUUCUAUGAUGAAAGACCGUCACAAAUACAUUGAGUCUCCAGAGCCAGACUACUAUACGCACGAGCGAGGACGGCAAAAGAUACCGCACCCCCGGGAGGACCCGAGGCGAGACCCAGAACCGCAGCUGCAGUCACAACCCACGCGCACAAAAGAGUCGAAGCGGCACAGAAAUCAUUUAGUGCUCCGUAAAAUAAUGCAAGAAGAGCAACAAAGGCGGGAGAGGCAAGCCCGAUGGGAAGAAGAAACACUAGAGGCUAAACGCCUAGAAAGGGAGCUUAGUUUUGCAGAGACACAGCGAAUGAGGGCAGAGAGAGAAGCGAAGAAUGCUGCGCGGAUCGCGGAGUUAAAAAGGCUCCAGCGAUUAAUUGCUGAUGAAAAUCGAAGAGGGAAGAUUGAGGGAGAAGUUCACAGCGAGGACGAGGAAACUGCAAUGAAGCACGCAACGGUUGACCAGUACCAGUUGGAGGAGAAAGAAGAGCUGUGGGACCGGAAACUGGAGAAACUAGAAAUAGAAUUCUGCAAAAAGAUUCAGAUAGAGUUGGAUAAUCUCCUGGAUCAUGUUAAGGGCCUCAUCCUUGCGCAUGAUGAGGUUGAGGUCGGUGAAGAGGUGGAUGUCGCCCACGUCGAUGAGGUUACACCGACAGAGCUCAGCGCCCGCAGCUCAGUCAGGAAGAGUCCCAAGACAGAGGUGAAAGAGAAAAAACUCUAACUCCUGCAAAUAACAAAAUAAAAAUGAAAAGGCUUUCAUGUCCUAUAGCCAUUGGCGG